AUGAGUGCAGGUGAUGAGUCAGAGAGGGGGGGUGAGAGCGUGGCAGUGGGGGAAGGUGAUUGUUUGAAGUUGGAGUUGGAGCGGGGGAGAGUGCUGCUUUUAACUGUCUGCUGGGCAGGUGUUGAUGGUCAGACACUGACAGAAUCUGAACCAGUGGUUAAAAGGCCUGGAGAAUCCCACAGAUUGACCUGUACAACCUCUGGAUUCACAUUCAGUGACUAUUAUAUGAACUGGGUCAGACAGGCUCCUGGAAAAGGACUGGAGUGGAUCGCUUAUAUCAGUAGCGGUGGUGGUAGCAGCAAAUCCUACUCUCAGUCAGUCCAAGGCCGGUUUACCAUCUCCAGAGACAACAGCAGACAGCAGGUGUAUCUGCAGAUGAACAGUCUGAAGAAUGAAGAUUCUGCUGUUUAUUAUUGUGCUCGAAGAAUCCACAGAUUGACCUGUACAGCCUCUGGAUUCACUUUCAGCAGCUACAGCAUGCAUUGGGUCAGACAGGCUCCUGGAAAAGGACUGGAGUGGGUUGCUUUUAUCUAUACUGAUGGUAGUGGCACAUUCUACUCUCAGUCAGUUCAAGGCCGAUUUACCAUCUCCAGAGACAACAGCAGACAGCAGCUGUAUUUGCAGAUGAACAGUCUGAAGACUGAAGAUUCUGCUGUUUAUUAUUGUGCUCGAGAGUCACAGUGACUGGAGUUGGUUGAGCAGCUGUACAAAAUCCUACAGCACUCAUCUUUAAGCUAGUAGAGCCUAAGAAUUACAUUUUUUUAAUAGUAGCUAUAUAAAUCAUAUACUAAAUGUUGUAUUGUUGUUAUCUUUAUUUUUUUGUAUUCCGUAUUUUACUAUUAUUUUUUUUCAAAUAAUACAAAGUUGUGUAAACUGUUCCUUUGAAACAUUAUUAGUUAGCAAAUAAAAAAAACCCACAAUAAAAAUCACUUGUUCAUAAAAGGCCAAUGAUAGCAAGUAUAAACUAAUACAAAUACUAAACAUUUCUACUAAGACACAAUAAUGUCUGUAAAUUAUGUGGAAUCUAAAGUGAGUCAUAAUAUGAGAGUGAAAAUAACUUGUUGCAGUUUCUUUUAUAAAAUCACUAGAGGGCGUUCGGUGUCAAGUUUCUCUCUCCUCUGUUUCUAAAAGGAGACACUCAGAUCUGCUGUUCUCAUUGAUCUUAACUGACUGACACUUGAACCCUGGACUCCUGCUGCUCAUGUACACUGGAUACUGUGAUAGUUGAUACUUUUCUACUCUAAACAGAAGUCAUGUUUACAUUUACCUGACGCUUUUAUCCAAAGCAAGUCGCACACCUCUGGAGCAACUACGGAUUAAGUGUCUUGCUGAAGGACACAAUGGAGGAUGGAACCCAUGUCUUUCACGCCAAAGGCUGGCGUCUUAUCCAUUGCACCAUAAUCACCCCAUGCGUUAACUUGAUUCCACACAUUUUGAACAGGACAGUACAACAGCAUAUUCAAUUAAACAAAACAAACACAAACACAUAUCAUGAAAUAUGAUUAAGACUGUUUUUUAUUUCUGAUGUAGUGAUAAUUACAAAAAGUAACUUA